UGAAGGGCACCAGUGUCAAAGAAAAGCAAAAAAAAAACCCUGCAAAAGCUGGAAAUCCAAAACACAAACAGAAAAUGUUGAAAAUACUCAGCAGAAGCAACAAAGAAGGUCAUUGACUGAUGGUAUUAUUUUGGCAAUUAGUGGACAAACAUCCAACAUGUCCAAAGUGAAAUUAGGAGCAACAAGAUCAACUGGUAACCUGAAACACAAAAAUGCAUCUGCAGAACCUGAUAUAUCAAUCAAGGAGCCUCCAGAUUUUACAGGAAUAUCAGGUGCAAGCAUGCCCAUUCCAGAAACAAAAUCAUUGACCAUACAUUUUAAUGCCAUUAGAGUGCAUAAAGGGCAUACAAAGAAAAUUCCCUUUGGAAGUGAAAAACAUGAAAUUUCUGCCAAAGAUGCUACAAUUAAAGCUCCCUUGUAUGAUCAAAAACAAUUGAUGGAAAGAAUCAGUAUGCUGGAAAAAGAAAAUGCACAGCUAAAAACACAACUAAAAGGAAAAGAAGUAACGAUAAACAAUAUCAAUAAACUAAUGCAACAGAAGAUUUCUGAAUACAGUCAUUUGAUUAAACUAGAACAACAAUCCCAUGAACAGAUAGAAGAAAGAUUAAAACAAGCCGAAGCAUUGGCAGCAGAGAAGUUGCAGAGCCUUCAUGAGUGCAGGAAGGAAUUUGAAGAAAAAACUGAGCAUCUCAAGAAGUUGCAUGAAGAAAAAUUAGCCAUAAUGUUAAGAGAAAGUACAUCAGAAAUCACAUGCAGAGAUGAGAAGAUCAGAAAACUGAAGCGACAAGUUUCAGAAAUUCUAGAAGGAAAAUCUUGGGAACGUCAGCAACAGUUACAUGAACUAAAGAAAGAAGUAAUACAGUUAACAGAGGAAGCAAGUGCACUUCAAAAGAAACUUCAGUUGCAACAAUCUUUUAUAAAGGAUUGUAAAAGCUGCAGCUGCUUGACAUUGAAUCUUGGAGACAAUCUUACCAAUAAGAUUUAAAGAAAGAACAGAUGAUGAACCACAUAGAACCUUCCAAUGCUUUGAACAGAGAUUGCAGCACGUACAUUGGAACAUUAAAUGAGUAACUUGUCUUAGACUGUUCCCGUAAUUACAAAUCCAAGUAGUACAUCCAAAUCACUACCUUAUAUUGAUCUUGUUUUGCUGUUCUGAGGGCACUUAUUAAUAAAAAAAAAUCAACAACUUGUUUAUCUGCAGCACAUUAAACACGUUCUGAGAAACUUGAAAAAUGUAAAACAAGAUUUGGCACCAAGCUACAAGGAGAUUUUGGUGCAGAAGACCAAAAGGUUGGCCGAAAAAAAAUUAAAAGGCUAAUUGGGGGUGUGCAUAAGGUGGGAGACAAGCAAGGAGAACAGUCCCCCAACUCCACCAAAAUCAAAACUGCAUGAACAUGUGUUAUAGACAUACGUAUUUAAUAUCCCCCUCAAAGUCAUUAAAUUUAAAGUUUUGAAGGUUUGUCUUAAAAUGAAGAGGUAGAAGGGUCCAGAGCUCAGGGCUUUGACAGCUGAAGGUAUAGACACUUAUGAUGCUGAUUUUGGAUGAUCAGAAGGACAGGAUUGGGGCAGAAAGAUUUUGAUUUAUUGUAGUGCUGGAGAAAACUUAGAAAUAAUGAUGUUGGUAUUGGUUUAUCAUCACAUGUACUGAGAUACAGGGAAAAAUCUUUGUUCUGCAUGCCAUCCCAACAGAUUAUGCCAUAUGUAAUUACAUCAAGAUAGUAAAAAGAAAAUUGAAUGCAGAAUUUAGUAUUGCAGUUACAGAGAAAGUGCAGUGCAGAUAGACCACAGCAAGGUAGAUUGGGAGACCAAAAGAUCGUCUUUAGCAUAGAGUCUGAUAACAGUGGGAUAGAAGGAUUGGAAACAAGAGUCAGCACUUCAAAAUGGAGGCUUGCUUAACCAGGGCCAAUGCAAGUCAGAGUAAAGAGGUACAGUGAAUAAGACUUGCAAGUUAGGAUAUGGGCCAUGGAGUUCUGGCUGCCCUUGCAUAUGCUGAAUGAGGAAGGCCGAUGAGGAAUGAAUUGGAAUAGUCAAAAUGAGAGGCAGCAAAGACAUUGGAGAAUAAUAAGUGAGACAGCGGUGAAAGUCAAGUGCUGUUGUGAAGGUGGAAAUAGGCAAAAUUAGUAACAGUGUGGUCUCAAGCCAAUCAUUGGUUUAAAAAGGUCCCCGGGUUGGAUAUUAAUCUGGUUCAUUUUCACAUGGAUGGUAAAAAGGAGGAUGGAGUCUGAAAUUUGAGAUGGGGAAUAAAGUCAAUGGCUUUGGUCUUCCCAUUAUCUAGUUAGAGGAAAUUUCCAUUCAUUUGACCCUAUAGAUUGGAAGGACGUAAUUUAGAGACAGAAAAAGGGUCAAAAGAAAUUGAGGUAGAGCCAAACGUCAUCAGUACAGAUGCAAAAACUGGAAUUAUUUUUUAUAUAAAUAUGAUGUUGGCAAGGGGCAACAUGUAGAUCUUUGGCAAACAGAAGAGAUAAGUGGUAUAUAAAAAAGGUGGAAAGCAUAGCCAUUGCAGCUGAUUCUCUGGCAAUGAUGGUAGAGGUAAGAAUUUCUGCUGGAUGAUGGUAGAAAGGUGUUGGUGGAGGAUAGUGAGAUUAACCAUGCCAAAGACUGCAAAUAAGCCAUGGACAAAGAGGGAUGGAUCAACUGUCAUAGUCACUUAGGAUGUUAGUUGUAUCUUUGACAAAGCUUAAAACCGGUCUAGGUGGAUUCAAGCAAGAAUUUCUAUAAAUUUAGGAGCCUACAACACAUUAAAGUAGUAAGAUAAACUGAAAAGAGAGUGUCAACAGCAGAUUUGAAGGCAAGGCCCCAUAUCCAAAGAACAGUUAAGAAUCAGGGUAGGUAGGUAGUCAGGAGUGUAACAGGAAUAGGGUUGAGGGAGCUAACAAGGACUCACAUGCCACAGCGAGUACGAAGAUGACAUGAGGAAGAAAGAUCUGAGGAACAUUUCAUCAAUUGUCAAAAACAUCAUUCAUAAUAUCCAUUGUGGUUAGUUGCUCAUUAGCAUAUCAAAAAUAGUUCAGCAAAUGAAACAAAAAUAUGAACUUACAUUUAAUAAAAUUUAAUCUCUCGCCAUUAUUACAAGUUUUUGGGACAUGUUCUCCAUUGAAAUUAUGAAGAUGUGACCUAGAGCUUUUAUUAUUGAAAUUAUAAAUAAUUAUCUUCAGUAACAUUUGUGAUGUGAGAAGAGUUUGUACAAUGUAUCAACAUCAAUAAAACAAUGCUUUUAAGUAUGACCAAGUACUCAAGUUGAUAUUUGUGAAUGUAAAAUUCAUCUGUUACUUCUACCUUUGCUAGAACUUUAUAAACGUUCACAUUACUAUAAUAAACACAGUUUAAACCAUUUCAAACAAAAUGCAUAUUCUUCAAAUGAUGAACUGUCCACUUGGCUUUGACAGCUAAGGUUAAACUACAAUUUGCACUGUAAUUCAUUCCCAAUAAUUGUCUUUGCAGAUUUUAUCGAUUUUUCCACCAAUUAUAAAACCUUUACUGCCAAAAAAUCCAAAUGAAAUGAUUGCAAAUGAAACUAUUCAUUGAACCUGUGGGUAAAAGUUUGUAACUCAAAUAAACCCUUAUUUUUUCUAGCAAAAUUACUUUUUUUACAAAAAUAUUUGCAUAAGUGUUCUCAAAGAUGGUUUCUAGGUAAUCUGCAUAAAUCACCCUCAUGCAUUAAUGAACACUCUCAUACAUCAGUUCAAAGCACAGCUACAGUCAAUGCAUGUAACUGUUGACAAGUACCAUUAAAAUAUUUAAGUGAUAUGAGAUGCAGGCAAAAACAGACUGUGUACAAUACAACAUAUUCCCCAUUUAUACUUUGGUAACUAUUUUUAAUGAAAUAUUUUCUUAUUUUCAACACUUAGAAUGGCCAUAAUUUUAUACAUUAACAGAUGUUUCAUGUAGAGGUUCAGAAUUUGCUUAAAAUUUAACAAAUAAAAAUACCUCAACAUUUCUGUAGUAUGCACCUGCAUCAUAGGAAAGAAAAUUCUUAGAAAAGUGUUACUUUUAAACACCAGUAGAUUUUUUUAAAAAUAAAUGUUACCUUCCGAAUUGGGAAAAAAUGGUAAAAGUAUUCACGCUGAAUUUUUCCGAUUAUCUACUAAACAAUUAAAAAAUAAGUUGCAAAACUGCACUUGUAGUCAAGUAAUAAUUUAUGUAUACAGCUGAAAUUACAAAUAUUCAAUUGUUUCACAACUUGGUUUACUGAUCUAGUCAAAUAACUCAUUUCAUUUCUCCCUAGCAUUUCACCAACCAUCCACUGCAGGGCCUUCCAACCAAAAUCCCACAGAAAUGUUCCUUCAGCUGAAGAAGCCACACUCCAGGCUCCACCAGCUAUCAAAACCAUAAAACAUCUUUAAUGAAUGUCUGACCUUCAAACUUAAAAACCUAUUAAAUGUACUAUUAAAAUUAAGAUAAAAAAUUGACACUAGAAAACACAAAACAAAUAAAUUUGAGUUAUCUCAAUUCACAAAAACAAAUUACCUGCUCCCUUGUAACUGUUCAUCUCUAUUGAAAUGAUGAUUCAUUGAAGUUGCACCAGGGUUAAUAUGCCACAAAUUCAGCAGGCAGAUUUCCAAGCAUUACUUCUGGGAAACUGUAGGAAGUUCACACUCCAGUGCUAAACUCAUGAUAAGUAUUGGAGUACAGUGAGCUUAUCAGGUUUGUGCAGGAGACCCAGAGUUUUUCAUGUUUGAGAUGAACACUGCCAAGUGUGCAAGUGCUGUUAUUUUUGUGAAAAUUUUGGGCAAAUAUCUUGAGUAUUCAGAAUUACCUCAGAUUCAAAUCCAAGCCUCAGAAUCUUUGUCUAUUGUUCACCACACCGCAUUAACAUCAGACCAAGGAUCCUCCUAAUCUACAUGCACAUCAUCUUGCAUACAGGUGCAUUUGUUCAGUGUCAUGGGGAUAAUAUGCUGGGAGAAACAUUACAUGGACGAAAUUUAU